AUGCAAAAAGUUGGGCCUCGUACUUUCGCGCCUUUCAACAGGACAUAUCAGGAUAUCAACUACUACAUUGAACCUAACAUAGUGACUGAAGGUUUGUGGCUUGAAGACAAACACGAUAAGAAAGUUUACAUCAUCACCUUUUCCAGCGGAAUCGUGGUAGAUAAAGGACUCGAGGCAUUCUGGUAUUCCGUAUGUACUAAGCUACAAUGCUUAGGUGCGAACCGGUUCAACUUUGAUGAGCACGCUCAGGCAUCAUCGUCUACGUUUGCUUCAUAUCUUGUUGGCAACAAAAAAAUUAUUGAGAGAUUCAUCAGCUUGUUGCGAGUUUUAAAGGACGGACGUGACAAGCAUGACAUCUACCCUUUUACUCAAGCGGAGAUUGCGGAACUUCUUAAUCAGUAUUCUGAAGAGAAUAACUUUGAAUUAGAUAUAUACCAAAUCGCUGAGGAUAUUUAUUCCCUCACUCUUGGGCACAAGGGUCUCGUUGGUCUCUGCUGCUCUUAUCUUGAGACCAAAAUUAUGGAAGGCAAGAUCAAGUUAACGAUCGAUGGAUGGAAUGAGGUGACUUUCAGACUACCUGAAUUCAUAAGAGGGAAGGCAACAUAUGAAUUCAUAAUUCGUGCCCUCCAUAGCCUAUCGGAGAAACGAAAAAAAAUCCUUGCGAGGGUCCUUUGCUAUAAAACUGAUGUAGUUUCUCGGGAUGAUCCUGAUGUGAAAUUCCUCCUUGCGGAAGGAAUGAUUGUUGUUAAAAGGAAGCUGGGUAGUGAAGACGUAUUAAUCCAGUGUGCCGCACCUAUCCUUUGUAAUAUCAUGCUUUAUCAAAUAACAGGGCCUAAUAUCGACCUAUCAAAGAGCUCCAAACCGGAUAAAGUUCAAACAAUUGCUGCCAAAUGGAUGUUGGAGCGCACUAUUGAGAACCUAUCCAUUAAGCAUAUUUUCACUGAUAAAACUAGCAAUUCUGGCGGUGAGCCGUCUGAGUACGCAUUCCAAGCCGAAUUCAACAUCGUUAUGAAGAAUCUGCUUCAACGGCCUAUCCAAAACUUCUUUACCGUGUUCUUUCUGAGGGAUAGCAUGUGGCUGGAAGCCAAUGGCUUUGAGCUCGUUUUCGAAGCAAGCCGGAAGACCUUCAAUGAUCACUGCACACGCGCCAAAAAAUAUGCUGAUCUUCAUAAUUGUUCCAUGCUUAUGGUGAACCUUUGUACCAAUAAAACGCUUAUUAACUACUUUGGGCCAGAUUAUGAAAAUGUGACUGCUGUGCAUGUAGUCUAUGGUGAAAGUAAAGGAUGUGCAGAAUUGGCUAUAAGAAUAGAAAAGUGA